CACACGUAUAGUAUUUAUAAGAGUGGCUCAUCUUUAGUAACUAAGAAAUACAGUUAAUCUUGUCAGCAGUUUCCCCGUUUAGAGCCUCAAUAUGUUAGCAGGUAACUUACUUUCAUCAGCAGUUUAACAUGGUAAACAUCAAAAUACAAUUAGUUUUCUUCUGAAGCUGUAGUUAUUAUUACGUACUUAGUAGAUAUAUAGGAAUAGUGGAUUAUAUUCAUUCAAAAUGUGCAUUCCACUUUGGUUCGGAUUCGGACCUCAUUCCGAAGAUGGAUAUGGACUUUCACCGUCAAAGUUUCCGUCGAAAGUUGGAGCCGUGGCAAUGGUUGUUAUGUUUCUUGGAUGGAUAGUAGAAUUAGUGGCGAUAACUACCAUUUAUUGGGCCGUGUUUACUUGGUUAACUGUGGACACAACACAAAGACGUAUUACUAUUACAGAGGCCCAUGGCUUAUGGAAGUAUUGUUCCAAGUUUAUUGGAUUGUUUGUACAAUGUGAGCACAGUCCUGGAUGGUUAGUGGCAGUGAGGGCAUUAAAUGUUAUAGGGAUGAUGUUCGGUAGUGGCGCUCUUGUAUUUAUGGGACUAUUCACAUUUCUUCAUUCAGAAAAGUGGAACAAAAUUUUCAAAUCCUCAGCUUUAAGUAGCGCCAUUUUCUCAGGAGUUUUAAUCCUGAUUGGCGCUAUUGUUUAUGGUGCAUCUGUUAGCCAAGGGAAGGCACCAUUACCAGACAAACAAGUUGGUGAUGUGCAGUACGUUCUUUCCUGGUCAUUUGCACUAAGCAUCAUUGCAGCCAUUUUGUUUGUCAUAAGUGGAGUCAUAAUGGGGUUUGCCAGAAAACCACGAAUGAUUGAAUGAAGAUGAAAGACAAGCAAUGGCGUCUGUUUUAUCAAAUAUUUUUGGGGUUAAGUGCUUGGUUACAGAUGUACAAAAACGUACUGGAGAGUGCUAAGGUUCUUUUGAGCAUUCUUCGUAUUUACAUUGUAAAAUUGUUUAAACGUUUUGAGCAAUAAUUCAUCACAUAUAUAUGUGACGUAUUAGAAACAGUCGUCAGAAUAUAUGCUUCACAUAAAAGUACAAAUGCUGCAAUCCGAUGUUUGUUUUAUUCAGAAUAUAGUAAGAUGAGUGGUAUUUAUAUAUAUAUUUAUUCUGUGUAUGCUUAAGUCUCAGUAUGAUCAGUGUGUGCUACAUAAGGAUAAAGCUUGAACUAUACAGAAACUUUAUUAUAUGACUCUUUAGUUCUCAGUGUCAUUUUAAUAUUUUUUAGAUUGUGAAAUAUAUCCUUGGUUAGAUGGUAU